GGUGAUAUUGUGUAAUGAUCGACGUUGUAACUUGUAUUCUGAGUGGAAUGGUUACGCGUACAUUUUCAUACCUCUAAAACCGUCGUGAAACAAGCAACAUUCUCCAUUAUGGAGGUUAUGAAAAUUAAUCUACGAGGGACAGUGUUCAUAACAUCACACAAGAAACUACAAAGUUAUCCAGAUACAACGUUAGCAUCCUUAACCCAUCUUUCCGAAAAUUACAACACGGAAAAGGACGAGUAUUUUUUCGACAGAAACCCUUCUGGUUUUCACAAUGUCCUUGAUUUCUAUUCGACCGGAAAAUUACACAUGUCUUAUACGACCUGUGCUGAAAGCUUUAGAGAGGAGCUGGCCUUUUGGGGGAUCCCUCUGAAGUCUGUUAAUAAAUGUUGUUGGAAGACGCUCUACCAGCUCGACGAGGAUAUGGACGUCCUUGAGAAGAUCUUGGUUCGACUCCGAUGCGGUCGUGAAGAGUCUCACCCCGAUAACAGUAGUAGUACAACUCAGCUCCAUCGACUCCGAGUUAGAAUCUGGAGGCUGCUUACAGACUUCCAGUCAUCAAAAAUGGCAAAGGUUUUGCACUUCCUGUUGGCACUCGUGAUGAGUAUAUCCAUACUGACAUACUCCCUCCAAACGCUCAAGCAGUUCCGAGUUGACAGACAUGACGAUAACAAGCUGGACAGUAACACAAGUUCCGCAAAAAUUCGUCUUAUUUGGAACACAUCGCCACAUCCAUCACUGGUCGCGUUGGAUGUCAUUUCCAACGGAAUUUUGACACUAGAAUUCGCACUGCGCAUCUGCACGUGUCCUAGCUUGAAGACAUUUUGGAGAAGUCUGCUGAACAUCAUAGACCUGUUGUCCUGUGUAGGUAUAUGGUUGAACCUGUCAUUUGAGCGAGUCCAUGACUCUUUACAGUUCGGCCCAUUGUGGAUCAUCUCGUGCGUGUUCGGUUUUCUAUACUCGUUCCGGAUCUUACGCGUCCUGCGAUUGGUCCGUCAUAACUGUGGAAUGCAGAUUCUCUAUCUGAGUAUAAAAUCUAGCUCAAGGGAACUUUGUCUGCUUGCUUGCGCUUUUGGAUGUUUUGUAAUCAUAUUCGCAGGAUUUAUAUACGUUGCCGAAUUACAAGCGAAUACAUUUUCCGACCUGUUUGUUUCCAUGUGGUGGUCAGUUAUCACCAUGACGACAGUGGGGUAUGGUGACCAUGUUCCCUCUACUGACACCGGAUAUGUCGUCGGAACUUUGUGUACAUUGGUUGGGAUUUUAUUAAUUGCACUUCCAGUUGCUAUUACAUCGUCAAACUUUCACGACUUUUAUAAAUUCAACAAAUAUCGACACCGACAUUUACUUUUAUCAGAAAAGCGAACGGGACUGUGUUCCAAACCAAAUAUCUGCUGCAGCGUAAAAGUCAAACCAAUAGAUAUCGACAGACAUGUUGCAUUUAAAUAAACGGACUCGAUCCAGCCUGUGAUAUACUAUGUGGGUAGUGUAUUAGGACGCUAAGCCGUUAGCACUUCAUGUCGAAUUAGCCUUUGUCUAGUUGUCAUUCAUACUGCCUAUUAAUGCCGAGCUGAAGUAGAUCAAUACUGAUAACUAUCCUUUUUAGAAUAUUCAUAUCUCACAUGAAUACAGACUAAGUUUUCAAAACUUAGUUAGGGUAUGUUUGUUUAAUGAAUUGGACUGCCAUAUUUCAGAAGGAUUAUCAGUAUUCAGAAUUAGUUAGCGUUACUUGACUGGGGCGAUCGCUGGCGACGAGAUAGCUCAAUUGACCAGCUACGCUUACGCCUAGAGUUCGGGAUCAACCCCUUGCAGAAUUUUGAUUUUAAUAUUUAAAAAUAUAUAGAUGGGUGGCUCCGUGUUCGAGUUCCGGUCUGGUCGCUUCAUUAGGGUUUUUUUCUUGUCAUAUUUGGCGUCAAACUAGAUAUACCCACAGAAGAUGUUAUAGACUCGUGUGUCUUCAGGACCGACUGAGGGAGCAAUGGGCUGGGUCGAUCGCAGUCGACGCGGUAGCUCAAUUGGUUAGGGCGUCCGUCUAUCCUUCGUAAGUCCUGAAUUUGAAUCCUGGUAGGCCGAAACAUAUUUCCUUUUCUGUUACUUCAUCAUUAUGACGUCAUGACCAGAAUGCUACUCGAGCAAUGACAUUCAUGUGUGAUAUGUAUCCCAUUCGAAUGUAUUAGGGUAUUAUGCCUCCAGACGCGGCCGGAAGUGGAGCGGAUUACAUAAAGAAGCACCUUAAGAAGCUUAAGGCGGUGUCAACUACGAUGAACCGAUGAACCAAUAUAGUGGUAAGGCUAUGCAGUUGUAGAUAUAUAAAGAUAUAAAAAAAAACAGAACAUUUACUGUAACAAACAAAUAUCGUUAACCCAAGGUAAGCAGCAGCCGUGACUGUUACAGAAAAUACAUAUUUUUGCUGAUUAUGAUUAUGGAGUUGAUACAAAGGUAAAACAAGG